UGACAGGCACGUGAGCUGCUGACGUCAUCAGGAGUCAGGGAGACAACAUGGCGGCGGACUCGGUGCAGAAGGUUCUGUCUGAACAUGAAGGCGUCUUCAUUCAUCCCAGCAGUGAGGAAGAUGCCAUCGAGCUGGAUUUACUUGUCUCAGGGUCACUUCGAAUUGUUGACAAGGAUGGAGACGUCUUGGUGGAGUACAGACCGUUGGAAGAAGCUGUGGACCCGUCCAACAUGCUGUGUGCUGGAAAGGACUCCAGCUCAGUGAUGGAGUGGGCUCAGUGUUCGGGGGAGCGGUGUCACAAGCAGUUGGAAACUCAGCAGAGCUACGAGACGGAGUGGGACAUGGUCAAUGCUGCGUCGUUCAGGAGGAAACCCUGCGCCAACGGAGAAGGCUCUCUAAACCACAGCAAUGAGAGGAGCAGGGGUGCGUUCAGCUUCAGUGUCGGUGACCUCAGCUCCAUCACAGUGAAGGAUGAAGGUUGGACGUUCCUCAUCUUCAAACUGAAGGAGUCCUCCCCGCCCCUCCCUGCUCUGCACUUCCACCAAGGUGGCAGCAGAGAGUUCCUGGACAGCUUGGGGAGAUUCGCACUGCUCAGCGUCGCUCCAGAUGAUGAUGCGUGUCUGCUGGUCAGCACGACAAACAAGGCUCUGUCUCAGUCCUUCGAGAACCUUCUGGAAGACAACAACUUCGGCCUUGUUAACAAGUUCAGAAAAGACCCAUACGUGACCACGCUGGGCGGCUUCUCCAAAGUCACCAACUACAUAUUUGAUGCUUUCCGGGGGACAGAGGAGCAGCACCAGCGCCCCCCAGAGGAGGUGGCUGACCUGCUGGGUGAAGUCAUCCCAGGACUGGAGAUCAACCAGCAGGAGGAGCCAGGCUUCGAGGUCAUCACCAGGAUCGACCUGGGAUCGAGGCCCCUGGUUACGAGGAGCGAGCCGAUGUCUGUGGAGGACUGGACCAAACACCAGGACCCAGAGGGGAGGAUGAUCCGGAUCUUUCACCUCAAACAAGUCAUCUUCAAAGGGGGGCUGUGUCACGCCGUGAGGAAGGAGGCCUGGAAGUUUCUGUUGGGGUAUUUUCCCUGGAACAGCACUCAGGACGAGAGGAAAGCUCUGCAGAGACUCAAGACUGACGAAUACUUCAGGAUGAAGCUGCAGUGGAAGUCGGUCAGUGAGGAGCAGGAGAGGAGGAACUCCAGACUCAGAGACUACAGGAGUCUGAUCGAGAAAGACGUGAACAGAACCGACAGAACCAACAGGUUCUACGAGGGCAUCGAUAACCCCGGCCUGGUACUCCUCAACGACAUCCUGAUGACGUACUGCAUGUACGACUUCGACCUCGGUUACGUUCAGGGGAUGAGUGACCUGCUCUCCCCGAUUCUCUUUGUGAUGGAGAACGAGGUCGACGCCUUCUGGUGUUUUGUCUCCUUCAUGGAUCAAAUGCAUCAGAACUUUGAGGAGCAGAUGCAGGGCAUGAAGACGCAGCUGCUUCAGCUCAGUUCUCUGCUCAGACUGUUGGACUUGUCUUUCUGGAAUUACCUCGAGUGUCAGGACUCAGGUUACCUGUAUUUCUGUUUCCGCUGGUUGUUGAUCAGAUUUAAGCGGGAGCUCAGUUUCCAGGACGUCCUGCGGCUGUGGGAGGUGAUGUGGACGGGUCUGCCCUGUCAAAACUUCCACCUGCUCGUCUGCUGUGCCAUCCUGGACUCCGAGAAACAGAAGAUCAUGGAGGAGAAGUACGGCUUCAAUGAAAUCCUCAAGCACAUUAACGAACUUUCAAUGAAGCUGGACAUUGAAGAGAUUCUUCAGAAAGCCGAGGGCAUCAGUCUGCAGAUGAGGAGCUGUAAGGACUUACCCGACUCGGUCAGAAACAUUCUGGGCUUUGAGGCGAACGUCAGUGGCUCUGACCCGACGAACGCUGCUCCUCCUCCUGCGGUUUCCAGAGCGGCGCAGCGACAGGACGCCUGCUCCACCCUCCACACACACCUGCGAGAGACGAGCUCUCACAACAGCUGCAAAGUGGCCUUUAUAUCGUAGUUAACAGCAGAGACUGAUUCAGCAUCAGCAACGCCCCCUUCAGAAUGUUCAAGGAUUUAAAAUGAUUCAGAAGCUUAUUUUUCUACCAUGUUCUACCUGAGUGUCUCAAACAGUCGCUCAGUUAUUCCUCCUGAUUUUUAUAGAGGGGGGGGGGCUUUUCACACCUGCUGGUGUCAUCUCAAGAGUUUAGGUGUGAAACAUGGAGGACUCGCCUGAGAUCAGACACUUGUGUGAUCCGACCUCUGACCUCAACAGCUCAUCAAGAAUCAAAGUAUUUUUACUCUGUUUCACAGACUCUGAUGAUCAGAGUCAACACUGUUCAUUGAUUUUAUAUUGAUUUAUAAUCAGUAAAAUCUUGUUUCAUUGGAAAGAUACGAACACAGAACCUGUCUCUCUGUCUCUCUGUCUCUCUCUCUCGCCCUCUCGCCCCGUUCACACCUGGUAUUAACAUGUUAUGCAUCUCCUUUGAUCUCACUUCCUGCUCUAAAUGCAAAUGAACACGUUAUUUGUGUUGUUUAGAUCCAGUGUGUUCCUGUACUUAUACCUUUGUGAGGACCAUUUUAAGCAUAGACCCACAGAGUGAGGACAUUUAGUCUGGUCCUCACUUCUUCAAAGGACUGUUUGAGGGUUAAGACUUGGUUUUAGAGUUUAGUUGUGAUGGUUAGGGAAUGUGUUAUGUCAUUGAGUGUCCUCACUAAGAAGUACAAACACGUCUGUUUGACGAGUCAGCAGAGUGUGAAUCUGAACAAAGAUGUGACCUGUUUAAUAAACUAUGGAUCAUUAUCAGCUGAUCAGUGUUGAUGUGUCGUUGGAUACAAACAAAUCAAAGAGAAGAGAAACAAUAUGUUUGAUUCGUAGUGAAACUGAGGCUCAGAGACGUCCUUCAUGUGUCCCAGGACGUCCUUCAUGUGUCCCAGGACGUCCUUCAUCUGUCCCAGGACGGACUCAGGUUCACACUGAUAACAGAACGUGGUCACGUGGCUCAGACUCUGAAUGUGGUCUGGAGGGAUCAGAUCUAUAUCUGAUCUGAGUGUGUCCACACCUGAACUUAGAGCUGUGAUCGGAUCAUGUUAAUACCACAUGUUAAUACCAGGUGUGAACGGCCGCUGUGCUGAACCGACCAAUCAGACUUGUGUGUGUGAUGUGAACUGAACCAGCUCAUAUAUUUACUUACAGGAACACUGAGGCAUUGUGGGAAAUAAUCUGUUCUUUUACUGGUAGUGAUAUCAGACGUCUCUGUGUGUUCUUAGUACUAAAGGAACACAUGUGGUUACCGUGGUAACAAGAGGUGGUAACAUCUCGGUAACGUGACAUCUCCAGUAAGAAAAUAAAUGUUUCCUAAAAGUGUCGCUUUAAGCCAGUCGUCUUUAUUGAAACAAAGUGAAAAUAUAAAGUUUGUUCAAUGAUCAGAGUGUGAAACUGAUAAAUCUUUGAUUUGAUUGUGACGGCUUUGUUUUUUUUUUCAGGUUUAAAUUUGUGAUUUCAGCUAGUUUGAUGUAAUGGAUCGAAAUCUGAGCAAUAAAAUGAUUUCAGAAUUUCA